UUCGCGUGCUCCCGUUUCCCGCGGGAUCGCGGCUCCCGCUCCUCCCGGGCAGCGCUCCCGGUGCCGGGGCCGCCCAUGGACAGGUUCGUGGUUAAACUGCCCCGCGGGCAGCCGGGGGAUGGCGGUGGCGGCGGGAAGAGGCCGCGGCUGGAGAAGGCCGGCCCGGAGCGGCCGCCGCCGCGGGAGAUCCGCGCCGAGGGGCUCAGCUGUGAUUACCGCAUCCUCUUCGACAAGGCCGAGGCGGACGAGAUCUUCCAGGAGCUGGAGAAGGAGGUGGAGUAUUUCGAAGAUGACGCGACAAAGCUGCAGGUGUUUGGCAAGUGGCACAAGAUUCCCAGGAAGAAGGUGACCUACGGAGACCCUGGCUUGUCCUACACCUACUCGGGGGUCACGUUCCACCCCAAGCCCUGGAUCCCGGUGCUGACCCGGAUCCGGGAGCGCGUCACCUCGGAGACGGGACACUCCUUCAACUUCGUCCUCAUCAACAGGAAUACCAAGCGCAGAGUUCAUCACCAGGUACAAAGACGGCCUGGACCACAUCGGGGAGCACCGGGACGACGAGAAGGAGCUGGUUCCGCGCAGCCCCAUCGCCUCGGUGUCCUUCGGAGCCUGCCGGGAUUUCGUGUUCCGCCGCCGGGGCCGGGCAGGGCCGCGGGGCCCGGGCAGGAUCAGCCUGGCCCUGGCCCACGGCAGCCUGCUGCUCAUGGAGCACCCCACCAACGUGCACUGGCACCACAGCCUGCCCCCGCGCAGGAGGGUGCUGGCCCCCAGGGUCAACCUCACCUUCAGGAACGUCCUGCCCACGGCCACGCGGGGAAAUGUGCCGCCUCUGGGCUCUGGGAAGGGAAUUUAGCUCCUGCUGGAAGCGUGGCGGGUGAAUUGUGGAUUCACCUCCUGGACAAAAUUUGGUAAUUUUGCUGCUGAAGCCUGUGACCACUGAUCUGAAUUUUUCCUCUGGGAAAUGUUGCUCUGGUCCUGCUGAUCCCUGUUUUUGCUGAUUCUUCCUCUUGUUUUGCUGGGGAAGAAGUUUGUUCUCAGCUGAUCUUUAUCUAAGCAGUGUUCCAAGAAGAUGGAAAUGCUCCAUAGCCUGGAGGCAGCAGUUUAUAAACACUGUGAGCCACAAGCUGUGAUGAUCGUGUAAAGCUGAUAUUCUGCAGGUGGCACUUUCUGUCAAAGAGCUCUGGUUUGCUUGGGUUUGUUUUUUUAGAUUAAAAUAAAGCAAAAUGAGCCUGA